AUGGGCUCUUUUGGUGAAGUGACUGAGUUUGGACAUGGCUUCAAAUCGCAGUUUCUGUUCGAUCCAAAAUAUACCAAUCUAAAUCAUGGGUCAUUUGGGACAUACUCCCUCCCCGUGCGCAACGCCUUGCGCGGGUACCAGAAGCUCGCGGAAGCAGCCCCAGAUAAAUUUCUGAGAUAUCAAUAUAUCGAUCUUUUGGACAAGGCCCGAGAGCGCAUUGCUCGACUGCUCAAUGCCCCUGUUGAUGAAUGCGUAUUCGUUCAGAAUGCGACGACUGGGGUCAACACCAUCUUGCGAAACCUGCAGUACAAGGAGAAGGACUGCAUCAUUUACUUUGAUACGAUCUACGGAGCUUGCGAGAAGACGCUAGCAUCAAUUCUCGAAACAAACCCUCAACUUCAUCUGAGGAAAGUCGGGCACGGACAGGAUUUCGGAUACUCCUUGCCCUGCACUCAUCCUGAAAUCCUCAAUGCACUUUCGCAAACAAUUUCCCGCGUUAUAUACGAUGGAUACACGCCGAAAGUCUGUAUAUUUGACACGAUCGUUUCGAUUCCGGGAGUUCGAUUCCCAUUCGAGAGAAUCACGAAAAUGUGUAAAGAGUACGGCAUUCUCAGCCUGAUCGACGGCGCGCAUAGCGUCGGCAUGAUUCCACUGAAUUUGGCUCAACUUGAUGCAGAUUUCUUCGUGAGCAACUGUCACAAAUGGCUAUACACUCCGCGAGGAUGUGCAGUUUUACAUGUCCCAAAGCGCAACCAACACCUCAUUCGAACGACCUUUCCAACCUCCCAUGGAUAUGUGCCUCCGUUUGGUUCGAUUUCCAGAUUCCGCAACCCGCUACCACCAUCAGACAAGUCCGACUUCAUUAACCUGUUCCAGUUUGUCGCGACUGCCGACAACUCAGCAUACUAUUGCGUACCUGCCGCCCUCAAUUUCCGACAGAAUCUAUGUGGGGGCGAAGAGGCCAUCUACAAUUACAUUCGUGAUAUCGCUCAGCGAGGGGCUGAUCUUCUCGCCAUGGUUCUGGGAACAGAAGUCAUGGAUGAUCUCGAUGCUGGCUAUGGGUUGAAAACCAUGGGAAGUUACGAAGCGACUGAUCGCAGAGAAGGGGGUAGGACGGGUUGGUCUGGCGGUCUGAGAGAUUGUGCCAUGGCCAACGUCCUCUUGCCCAUUACGAUUGUUGGGGCGUCUGCCAGGGGGAGCAUCAGCAUGGGACCAGGUGGAGCUGGGAGUGCAGGCGGAUUGUCACCUGCACUACGACAAAACUCCUAUGGCUUCCCCAAUCCUGGCAACCCGCAAUCGCUCUGGACACCGUCCCCCAGUGGACUUUUGGGUGAACCCAAUAUAGCACGGUCUCCGUUGAAUUCUCCAGGAGUGCUCUCAGCAGGACCGAUCGUGGUACAGGAAGCCGAUGUUCCGACUCACGUCGCGUGGAUGGAGAAAACCCUGGUGAACGAAUUCAACACAUUCGUGGCGAUCUACGAGUACGAUGCAAGACUAUGGACUCGGAUUUCUGGUCAAAUCUACCUAGAACUCAAGGACUUCGAAUGGCUAGGCGAAGUCCUCAAAGGACUCUGUGAACGCAUCCGAGCCGGCGAAAGUCUGAGGGGCAAGUCAGACAUCAGCGACAGGGUUGAGGCCAUGACACUUGGAGAGCCCAAACCCAUCUCACGGCAAGGGACAACUGAAUCGCUAGCAUCCCGAAGAUUCGAUAUCACGCAGGGCGGCUGGGUUGAAGAAUGA